AUGGCUCAGGCCAGGAGGGAGGCCGAGGCGCUCCGUAACGCCGAGCGGGAAAGACAGCGACGGGCGGCCUUCGAUGAGGCACAAAGAGAAGCGGACGCCGAACGGCAGCGACAGCGGCGGGCCGCCAUGGAUGACGCUGAGAGAGAAGCGCACGCUGAACGGCAGCGACAGCGAAGGGCUGUCAUGGAUGACGCCGAGAGAGAAGCGGACGCUGAAAGGCAGCGACAGCGGCGUGCCGCCCUCGAUGACGCUGGGCGCCUGGCAGAGGCCGAGAGGCAGCGACAGCGACGGGCUGACAUGCCCAACGAGGUACGUGACGCGGAACGGGCGGCCGACGCGAGGGGCCACAUGGAGGGGCGCCGCAGAGUCGACCGGGCCAAUCGAGCCGCCUGUGACGCCGACUCUGUGCUGUCCGGUCGCCAGCCGGUGGCCAGGCUCGACACGGGGGCACGCGACACGGUAUGUCCGCACUGCGGCGCCCUCCUCUGGCGAGAGGAGCGGGCCACUCUGUGCUGUUCGGGGGGAAAGGUAAACCUAGAUCCCCUGCCCGCCCCGCCACCGCUGCUCCGUGAACUGUGGACGGGCGACACGCUGGAGGCACGCACAUUCAGACAGCACUCCCGGCGCCUGAACACGGCGCUGUCGCUGGCGUCUAUGAUGACACGGGAGGUGAGGCCGGCGGACGGUGGGUAUGCACCAUCAGUGAUCAUUCAAGGUAGGUUGUACCACCGCGUCGGUCCGCUGCAGGCCAGAGACGGGGAGCGGCCGUCGUUCGCCCAGAUUUAUGUGAAUGACCCGGACUGUGACGACCCGGCGGCCGAGGCCGCGCUGCGUCUAGGACACGUGCCGCUGCCCCGCGGCACCCGGGAGCCGGAGCGGGCGCGCCUGCUGACGCUGCUCGAACAGCUGCAGGUCCUGCUGCGUCAGGUAAAUCCCUAUGUGCAGGACUUUAUCCACGCCGCCGAGCUGCCGGAGGAGGAGGUUCAGCAGCAGAGACUGGUGGUAAGUGCCGACGCCCGCCCGGCCGACCAGCACCCCCGACGGUACAACCGCGCCGAGGGGUUCCGGGAGGUGGCCGUGCUGAUGGACGAGGAGCCCGUCCAUCAGGACAUCGUGCUGCGUCGCCGUGCCGAUGCCGAAGGUCCGUUCCUCCAGACGGUAAAUGAGACGCACCGGGCGUUUGAGGCUCUGCACUUUGUGCUCCUUCUGCCGUUUGGCACAGACGGCUGGCAGCCCGACCUACGGCAGGCGGUGGCAAACGGGCGCGGGGACGUGAGGGGCGUGUCGCUGAUGCAGUACUACGCUCAUCGGCUGCAGCUGCGACCCGACCUCGAUGACUCACUGUUCCGCGCAGGACGCCUGUUUCAGGAGUACGUGUGCAUGGCUUUUGCGCGCGUAGAGACCCAGCGUCUGCUGUACCUGGCUCGGAACCAGGCCGGCCUGCGUGCCGAGCUGUACCAGCGCCUCCAGGACGCGCUGCCGGGGGACGCCGAAAGGGAGCUGGCCGGCGGAGACCGCGUCGGUCAGCGUGUCAUCCUGCCGGCUUCCUUCACCGGCGGGCCCCGGUACUACCAGCGCAGGUACCAAGACGCCAUGGCCAUCGUGCGAGUGUACGGCAGGCCGACGUACUUCGUGACGUUCACCUGCAACCCAAACUGGCCUGAGAUCCAGGCGGCGCUCCUGCCCGGCCAGGAUGCGCAGUCCCGCCCCGAUCUGGUGGCCAGGGUGUUCCACCUAAAGCUGAAGGCCCUGCUGAAGGAGCUCACCACCAGCGGCAUCUUCGGACGCUGUGUCUCCAUGCUGAUGGUGGUCGAGUUCCAAAAACGAGGUCUGCCGCACGGCCAUAUCCUGGUCAUCGUCCGGCAGGAGGACCGCCCGCGGACUGCCGACGAUGUAGACGCGGUGAUCACGGCGGAACUGCCCGACCCAGCCAGGUCAGACCAGGCGCGCCGCCUGCACGAGAUCGUGGUGAGUACCAUGGUACACCGCCAGUGCGGCGCCGCCAACCCGACGGCCGCCUGCAUGGAUGGCGGCCGCUGCUCCAAGGGCUUUCCCAAGCCGUUCGCCAACGAGACAGAGUGGCGGGAUGACCAUCCGUACCCUGUCUACAGGCGGCGACCGGCAGCCGAGGGCGGCCAGGAGUUUGUGCGUGACGGGCGGCUCAUCACCAACCAGUGGGUGGUACCCUUCUCUCCAUACCUGUCCCUGAAAUAUGAGGCUCACGUGAACGUGGAGGUGUGCUGUUCGGUGCAGAGUGUCAAGUAUCUUUUCAGGUACAUCUACAAGGGCCCGGACCGCCAGAUGGUGCGCGCUGACAACCUGAUCGGCGGCGAUGACGAGAUCGCAGAGUACCAGGACAUGCGCUCGAUCGGUGCCAGUGAAGCCUGCUGGCGUCUGUUCGACAUGCCGAUGAGCCAGCGGCAGCCGAACGUGGUCGCUCUACAGGUGCACCUCGAGGAUCACCAGCUGGUGUACUUCGAGCCGGGACAGGAGCGGCAGGCGGCUCAGGCCGCCCGACGCACCCAUCUCACCGCCUGGCUGGAGUAUAACCGGGAGUCGGCCGCCGCCGACCCGGACUGCCGCCGACUGCUCUACCCGGACUUCCCGUCGCGGCGGCAGAGGCAAUCGGCCGCGUGGUGA